GAUUCCGUGCGUCACUGUGCAUCACCUUCCCGACCUGUUUGAUGCAGUUUCAUGCCACUUUGACACUGACAGCUGACGGAUCUGAACGAGGGGAGUUUGGAGUUACAGAGGAAAACGCACCCUUUUGAGAGAAAUUAUGAGAAACUUGGUCCUGUGAUUAGUAUUUCCAGUUCACAGCUGACAAGUGGGAAAUGGAGAAUAAGGCCAUGUAUCUGAGUACAUACGAAGAGCGAGAGAACGGCUCCAUAUAUGAGGAGGCAUACGAUGGACGCAACCUGUCCAAACUCAACCUCUGUGAUGAAGGUUCUGCGAAGCGCCGCAGGAAGCAGGAUCAGUGCUGCAGUCACCUGAACUCCCUGUCCGCCAUCAAGUACGCCAUCGUCUCUCUCUACAUCCUGGUUCUCCUCAGCAUCUUUGGACUCUGCCUGGCAGUCUCACGUUCCCAGGUUUCUUCAGAACGGCAGGAGGUGCUGAUGGAGAACGUGACCCAGAUGUCGGAGCGCUCCCAGCUGCUCCAGCAGACCCUGGGCAAGGCGUCCAUGCAGGCUGACCUGCUGGAGAACAUCUGGAAGCUGGAGAACCUCUUCCAGAACCACAGCGACUGGCUGCAGAGGCUGGAGAUCCUCAUCAAGGGCCUGGAGGUGGAGCUGAGGAGCAUCCAGGCGCACUCCCUUCAGUCAGAGGGUUACCUGGUGCAGCUGGACGACAGGCUGGCCUCGCUGAGCACCUCCACCAGCAGGAACCUGACAGGCUUUGGUGCGGAGCUGACGCGAGCCUCCACCUGGCUUCGCGAACAGGACCACCUGCUCAGGGACACCUCAGGUCAGGUCAGUGGGCUCAGAGAGAGGCUGGAGGAGGUUAACUGGACGGUGGGAGCUGUCAAUCAUACCUUCAGCAGUGACAUAAACAUUCACCACUUGAAGAUCCAGGAUUUGCAGAUCCAGAUCAGCAACAUCACAGAAGACACCACCAGUCUGUGGGUGACCCACGUCCACACAGAAGCCCAGCUGAGGAACGAGAUGGAGAUCCUCAACACAAUCACAGAGGACCUGCGCCUCAAGGACUGGGAGCACUCCAUGGCCCUGAAGAACCUCACCAUACUGGAAGGGCCUCCAGGGCCAAAGGGAGAAAAAGGUGACGUAGGACAACUGGGGCCCCCUGGGGUCCCUGGGUUGGCUGGAGUGAGAGGUUUGACAGGCGAGAAAGGCAUCCAGGGCCCUCGGGGUAUGAAAGGGUCAAUUGGGGUCGACGGCACUCAGGGAGAGAAAGGCGACACUGGACCUGCUGGGCCUAAAGGUGACAGAGGAGAGAGAGGGAUGAAAGGCGAGAAGGGCGAUCGAGGAGACCGAGGAGAGAAAACAGUGGGGGAGAUCCUGGUGCGGCUGGUGAAUGGGUCAGGUCCUCAUGAGGGUCGCGUGGAGGUUUACCACGAGCGCCGCUGGGGGACGGUGUGUGAUGAUGUCUGGGACAAAAAGGACGGAGACGUGGUCUGUAGGAUGCUGGGAUACCGAGGAGCCACCGAGGUUCAUAAGACUGGACGCUUCGGACAAGGUACUGGUCUGAUCUGGAUGGAUGAUGUAGCCUGCAUAGGGAAUGAAGACACAAUCCACCAGUGCAAGUUUUCCGGCUGGGGCAAAACCAACUGUGGCCACGUGGAGGAUGCCGGUGUGACCUGCGCCACUUAACAUCCGUGGUCCUGACACUGUUGCACCAGUGGACCAUCUCCUCAAACACUGAGUGCCUUCCACACUAACAAGCUGCAAGGUGCACCUCUUGAGCUGGCUUGUUACCUACCACUUGACCCUCGGGUGUCAUAUUAGCGGUACGCUGCCUUUUUACCUGCAAAAAGCGCCACCCCACCUGGCAAACCACCGUCUUGUCCGUGAAGAGCGCCACCAAAUCUGCUGCCUUUUCAGAGGUUUACCACUAAACAUGUGACCAUUUUUUUUAACCUCGAGGCUAUAUCUUGGGGCCACUAUAAAUACAUGUGUUUUGAAUUCUGUAUUCUUUGACCAACAAAAUUUUGUUUUACAUAAAUAAGCC